AUGAAACUUUACUUUGCGGACGUGCCUCGUGGAUACCAACGAAGACGAAAGGAAAUCAAUUGCAGGACACCUCGAAGAAGCCUGCGACUGCGGUACCAGGAGUUCGCGGGGCUCUCCUCGAAGAGAAGGAGCUCCGCGUGUGAAGGGGCGCUGAAACGUAUCCCUGGGCCCGCCGUGGUGUUGUCCGCCGGGGGUGGCGGUGGCGGUGGGGGUGGAGGUGGGUGCAGACGCCGUGACUUGGAACGACGUGGUGGUGGCGGUCGGGGGGCCCCCUGCCUUGCCACCAUCAGCUCCUCUGUUGCUGGGAGCGCGGGGGGUUGUGGCCCUGUGGUGGGGCUCCCCUCCUAUAAAAAACGACAAGGUAGCGGCGCCACCUGGGGACGAGCUAGCCGAGGCCAUGGCAGAGAUCGCGGGGGCGGCGCGAACCUACUCGGUUCAGGCGUCGCCCCCGCGAAUUACGCUUCAGGACUGGGUGUAGCGCCUGAGCUACGAGAAGUCGUGAAUAUCCUUGGCGAAAGGAACCAAGUCGGUACGCUAACUGGUGUGGGACCACCACCGGGAGCCCUGGACGACGUCGAUCAAGGGGACGAGGAGGAAGGCACCUCUACAAAGAGACCACCAAGACCUCUCUACAGGAGGCUGAUUAAUUACGUUCGGCAGGCUUGGACCGGCGUAAAAUUCGCUCUAGACUCUGAAUACGAGGAGGAACAGACGCCACGGUAUAGACCAGAUUCCUUGGCAAGCCUUUGUAGAGCUACAAGAUUCACCGAGGCUGAGCUGAAGAGAAUAUAUCGUGGCUUCAAGGCAGAAUGUCCCACGGGAGUCGUGAGGGAGGAAACUUUCAAAUGCAUCUACUCACAGUUCUUUCCGCAAGGUGCCAACACUAGCCAAUACGCGCAUUACGUUUUCAACACCUUGGACCAGGAUCAUAGUGGUAUUCUCAGCUUUGAGGACUUUGUCACCGGCCUCAGUAUACUGUCUCGUGGUUCCAUCGACGAGAAACUACGCUGGACGUUUUCCCUUUACGAUAUCAACGGCGACGGUUGUAUCACGAGAGAAGAAAUGACAGAUAUCGUGACGGCGGUAUACGAGCUGAUGGGGAAAUUUUCCGAUCCAAAUUUGGACCACCAAGGUGUACGUGACAAAGUGGAUCGAAUGUUCCAGAAAAUGGAUGGGAACAAGGACGGAGUGGUGACAUUAUCCGAAUUUUUGGAAGCCUGUCGUGCGGACCCGGACAUUUCAACGAGUAUGGCAGCUCUGGAUACGGCCUUCUGACACUCGGCAC